UGUUCAGUGCCCAGCCAGCUAGUCAUCGGAGCUCCGCAUAAAUUAUCACAUUUGCGGUGUUUGUCACCGACGUUAGGAUGUGUUGUAUCGCCGCUGACAAACACAAGAUGCGGUUGUAGCUGCUUGUUGGGGCGUAAUGAGCUGUAGCUGCAGUCGAGCAGCAAACAGCGUGUAGCUGUGCUAACCAGCGGCGGUUAGCUCGCUAUAGCGUUCAGCAUUUUUUUUUUCAAAGAUUGAUUUUAUCACUUCAGCCGUCAUGUUAGCUCCAUCCACCGGUGUGCAUGUUUUAUUUUGCUGCGGUCUUGGUUCUCCCGUCGGGGCUGAAAUUACCGACGGUUAGAGCCCCCACUUGCUCAGCAACUUACAACAUGACCCCCACACAGUGAGCUAGCAGGCUGCUGUUAGCGGCUAACUUAGCCGGUGAUGCUAGUAGCAGAGUUCGUCCACGCCGCCUGCAGCUGAAGUCAUGUCCCAUGGAGCUGAAGUGUUGCUGGGCUUGCCAAAGAUGACGGGCCGUCUGAGUCGGGUUUUUGUGCCUCUGUCAGCAGGAGGCGGAACAUGGAAGCCGAGGAAGAGUGGAACAAAGACCUGAGUGCGCACAAACUGCUGGAUAAAAAGGUGCUCCGCAAGCAGAAUGGAAGGAUCGGUAUAGUGAGGACUCUUCACAGCCUGUUGAAAACCCAGAACACACUGCAGAUUCAGUCCAUUACCCGCUCAGAAUGUGCUGGCUCCUGUCCAAAUCUGAUGAUGAGUAGGAGCGAGCACGCCGAUGCGAGGCCCGUCCCCGUGGCCCUCACCCCCCAGCUCCCCCCCAGAGCCCACCGGCCCCUCUGCAUGUCGGUCUCCUCCGACAGCAGCGGACGCUUCAAAGCUCUGGAGACGCAGGAGUGGAAGAACAACCUCAAAGCUCAGAUGGAGCAGGCCCACAGUGCAGGAGCAGCCAGCAGCACAGGCUCUCUGGAGCGAGCUUCUCUAUUCUGUGCCUCUGCCUCCACCACAGCGUCCAGCUCCGGCCUGUCCAGUCCGGUGGAGAUCCUCAACAAGAGCAAGUCCUCCAGCCGCUUCUCCCUCUUCUCCCCACCCUGGAACAGCAGCUCUGAGUCUGACUCCAACCCUCCGUCCCGUUCAGGUUCCAAGAAGUUACGCAACUACAGCAGGAGAGCUGCCACGGGGCCGGCAGGAGCCAGGGGCCCCGAUACGCCUGAGCCCAAACCCAGCGGCCCUGAACACUUUCAGUACUCUGAACCUAUUAUCUCCAAGGUGACAGACUACAUCUAUGUUGGCAACCUGAAUGCAGCAUACAAUGGUCGCACCCUUUGCCGCAACAACAUCGACAGCAUCAUCGACAUGAGUAGCAUGCCGGGAGAGCCGGGGCCCAGCCUCAGCCUCAUACCCUGCACCUGCUCCCGCGGCGCCCGCCACAGCUGGUCCCGCCUCAAGGUGGACAUCGGAGAUGUGCCGGAUGCUCUGGGCGACGGCCCGGCCCUGAAGCAGCGCUGCUUCGAGGACAUCAACGAGUGCAUUGGUGCCUCCACUGAGAAGAGGAAGCGCGUCCUGGUCCACUGUCGGGACGGGUUCUCCCUGGCACCGACAUGUAUCAUCCAAUACCUGAUGGUAAAGCAGAACAUGAGGCUGAUUGCCGCCUACGAGCUGCUGAGGGCCAAGUACCCGGUCAACAUCAGGGAGUGCCACCAAAAUGUUCUGGUGAGCCUGGAGAGGGCGCUGCGGCCCGGGUGCAACGUCAACCCCGAGUGCUUCAAACAGGCCAUCUCACGUAAAGUGGCGUGGACCUGACUCUGUUUCCCAACGUGCUCAGCUGCUGCUCAAAGCUCUGUUCGUUCCUCCACCCUCCCACGGUGUUAGAUCUUCUCCUAAAAACAACCAAGGGCAGCUGCACCUUCCCCUGUCUGCUGGUCAACUGGAUGUUAUCGUCCCCACUUGAGUUCAGUGGUUGUAAAACUCAUGAAUUUGAUGUGUUUCCUCUUCAGGCCCGUUCAUGUGACCUGGCUCUGAUGCCCCUCUCUCCCCCCCUGCCCCAGAACAGGAGACGCAAUAGACUUCACUGUAAUGUAUACAGCUUCUCGGUAUAACGAUGUGAUCGUGUUGGCUGUAUAGUUGAUAUAGUCCUGCUUCAGUUCUGUGCCAUGCCGUCGUGGUGGUGUCUUUUUUUUUUUUUUUUAUCGGGGGAUUUUUUUUUUUUAAGGGGAGAUCUCAGGAGCUAAUUGAUGUCAUUCCAGUACAGGGUGGGAAAUUACUCGUUAGGUUAGUCUGUGACCCCCGUUCACACCUGGAAGUAAAAUGCAUCCUGUUGAGCUGUGUGUCGCUCGUAGGUGUGGCCACAGUGGGUUUAGAUUAAUCUGAAUCAGUCUCUCUGGAUUUGGCCAAACUGACACUGAAAUUUUGAGGCAGAUAUUUGAGUUUGAGCUUGUGGGUUGUGUUUUGAUACACAAAAAAAAUGGUGCUUCAGGUGUGGAACAUUUCAUUUUGUUGAUGGAUGGUUGAAUGAGCCAAACUUUAAAGUGAGUUCCAGUUGUGAUUGUCCUUUCACAGGUAAAACACCGGAGCCUCCACAGGUGGUUAUUUGUGUCAUUCCUGGUACCCUGAACCCUUAAAGUCGCUAUAAACAAUAUUUUAAACUAUAACAAUGACGACGUAAAAAUGCUGAUAUGUCAGUGCUGUGUUGAAAACUUGUGCUUCCUGCAAGUGGCUAAAAAAAAAUCAGCUCCUCUGGGUUUAAGGAGGGGGGAGUUUAGAAACAUGCCCCGUGGACUUUUUCCCUCAGACACAGACAUGUUUAGGUUUGUUGGUGAAGUGUGACUUGCAUGUACGUACUACACUUUUGCAUGUGGAACACGAGAUGCAAACAAAAGGGGCUGUUCAUCAAAACAUCACACACCAUAGCAUCAUAGUUCACAUCUGCUCAGACUACCUGGGAUUCUGUUUUUAAAGUUUGACUGUACUCACAGAUUUUAAAUCAAAUUUGAACAUGAAAGUGAAAUCGUAGCACGUUUGGCCACUUCAGAUGCAUUUCAGAAACAUUUCUGAUUCCAGGGGUGAACUUAGAUCGGUUUCAUACAGAUUCUGACACAAUGAAGCACGUCACUGGCCCUCCUUUGUUUGGAGGCUUGUUUUUCUUCUUAAAUAAUCUGUUUUCUGGUGAAAUGGUUGUGUGGAUGUAGUAGCCAGUGUAGUUGUUGGGUUAAAAAAAAAAAAAAAAAAAAAAAAAGCUUGUUUCUGACCCUGUUUCUGAAACAAAGCUGCAGCUCUGAAGAUCAGAGGAACGUUGGUGUGAUUUAUCACGUUGGAUCUGUCACCACUGACUGGAUUACAUUACUGAUCAUCUGCUUCUAUCGCAAGAGGGGAAACUUUGCACAUGGACACACGUUUGAAAUUUGACCUGCUUCUGUUGUUUGUGACCUUUUCACGCUGUUUUUUUUUUUUUUUUCGUGCGUUUUCCGAGGUCAUACUUGAUGGAAGAUGAACAGCCCGACCUCUCCUCUGUGAGGAAGACUGUAGCCCCGUUUUCAGCCACAGUUUGGUGAAAUCUCCCCCCCGGCGGUGCACAGACACACUGUGGCUUUGCGAGUUCGAACCUCAGUGUAUGCAGUGAAGCUGGGUGAUUAUCAGUAUUAGAACUGCGAUUCAGGGUUUACACUACAGGAGAUGACUUUGCACUACACACAGGGUCCAAAUGCAAGUAUUGCCUUUUAUUUUAAUAUGGAUUGACUUAUUGUUUUUAUUUUACUAUCAGAAAUUGAGUCUGACAGUUACCGUGUUUACAUGCUCAUUAGAAUAACCGAUUAAGGUAAUGGUUGAAUUAAAGUGUUUACAUGGCUCACACCAUCUGAGUUCCCUGAUACGCUGAGUUUACAUUUGUUUGUUUGUUGUGUAGGAACGCCACUAAAACAAUACACACUUUAGUCUCAACAUGAAGCUUUUUUUCAACAUCUUAUACAAGUAGGUUUUUUCUGUGUCUGCUGUUUGGUCACGUAACGAGAAAAUAUGUUUAACAGUCCGAGAUAUUUGAACAGGGCCACAGCUGAUGAUUCAUUUCAGAAAAUGUCCCUCACAGGUUCAGGUGACGUCUUCAAUGGACACGUGUUACCUGAUCAACAGUUCACAAACCCCCAAAAUAUUCAACUGACAAGAGACGUAAAACCAGUACUGAGAUUUGAUAUCUGCCCUGUGGUUAAGAUCAUUUGAGGAAGGCUGUCAAGUAAAGGAAGAAAGAGAAAAUGAGCUAUGUAAAUGUGUCUCUUGCUAUUUCACGUGGAUUCAGUGAUUUUCUUCCACAUCAUCAUCAUCAUCAUCCUGCUGUUGGUGUAAAAAUGACCACGGUGUCAAACGUCCAAAAAUCAGAAACGUUCCCAAACAGAUGUAAGUAACGACGGAGCAAAAGUCUGAUUGGUCAAAUGGGUUCUUCUUAUUUAUUAGUAGUGUAAUACAGUUAAGACGUGAUAAUCUGAAAAUAGUUGUUUAAGACGUGUGUGAGAAUUCUGCAGCUUUUUUUUGUGAGCCGACAGAGACAAACAUCUGUUUUUCAGCUCAUUGAAAAAUGCUGUUUUCAGCCUGACGGUCAGGUGAGGAGCUCCGUCAGGUGAGGAGCUCCGUCAGGUUGUGAUCUGACUGUAUCUGUUUCCUGUCCUAGCUGCUCUGACUGCAGAUUCGUUUUACAAGAAAAAAAACUGAUUUAUAUUCAGCACAGUUCCUCGCGCAGCCUGUUGCCAUCCUGUCACCUUUAGGGAGGAUUUAGGACAGUUUGGUUUUAUGCAUCAGUCUCCCUGUAAAUGUCAAUGAGACCCUGUCGUGCAACGAUAACUGCAAUUGCAAUGUUAUCACUAAAACAUGCAGCCCCGAAGUGCGUCCAACUUCAGGAGAGGCAUCCCAACAUAAUCCAGACCAGAGGCAGAAAGCAAUCCCAAAAAGUUUUAGUUCAGUUUAAGCUGAGUUUUGACCUGUAGCUGAUGUGCAUCCUCAGAGAAGAUCGGUUGUGUAGGACAGUCUUCACAGCAGCAGCAGCACAGUCCAGUCCUGAUGUGAACGGUGUGGUGGAAGCUAAAAGUAUGGUGCCUUCAUUUGAAGUGGUCUCGUGACAGUACGGUGACAUUUGCACACUUUGUAUGACUUUAACUUCUCAGUAUGUUGUAAAAUGUUGAAUAUUUUUGGAUGUUUUAUUUUGGGCUAAAAGAAAAAAAAAAAAAGUAUAAACAUGACAUUUGUGUAAAGUGGUCCUUGCUGUAAUAUAUUUGCUAGUUAUUAUUGAACAGUACCGGUGUUUGACUGAUGCAGGUGAUGAGACGACGGAGGUUUCAAAGCUCGGACGAGUGUCAGCGUGUUUCAGUCACAGUCGUCAUAUCAAACUGAAGCGGUUCUCUAACUCGUUCUCUCAGGUGAUUUCUCAGUGGCCCAGAAUGUUCUCAAUCAAUAUGAUGUUCAGAAAUGUGAAGCGAUGUGUUUCUCAUGUCAUGUUUCUUAAAGUCAGAUAUAAUUUG